AUGGAAGGAACACAUUGGUCGAGUAUCGUUCAUUUAUUCGAAUGGAAAUGGCGGGAUAUCGCCGACGAGUGCGAGAGGUUUCUCGGACCGAAGGGGUUUGGUGGAGUACAGAUCUCACCACCUUCGGAAAACUUAAUUACUCGUUUGCCCAACGGAAAAAGGACCUGGUACGAACGUUAUCAAGUCAUGUCAUAUAAUUUAACAACUCGGUCCGGAGAUCGGGGCGACUUUUUGAACAUGACGAGAAGGUGCAACAAAGUCGGCGUCAGGAUUUAUGCUGACGUCGUGUUCAAUCAUAUGACCGGCGACAAUAAGAACAACAGAGGUACCGGUGGCAGCACUGCCAACUUCGCUGACUAUUCCUAUCCGGCAGUGGCCUACGCACGCGAGCAUUUCCACUAUCCUUAUUGUAUUAUAAAUGAUUACAACAACGCUGCUCAGGUUGGAACGGAAUUGAAGAGAGUUUUCCGAGGUCAAAACGCUUUGAAAUGGCUGGUGUCAUGGGGUGAACAAUGGGGCCUGUCACCGGGCGAUACAGCAUUAACAUUUAUUGAUAAUCACGAUACCCAACGGACUGCCGACGUUUUGACUUACAAGGAGUCGAGGGCCUAUAAGUCAAAGAUAUUGAAG